GGGUAUAUGCCAUUUGAAAAGUGGGCAGUAGAAUUUAUAGAUACGCCGCAUUUCCAAAGAUUGCGAGAUAUUAAACAAUUAGGAUCAACUUAUUAUGUUUUUCCCAGUGCGGCACAUAGUCGUUUUGAACAUAGCUUAGGAACAGCACACCUUGCUUAUACAUUAACCAAGAGACUACAAGAGCAACAGGGUAUUGAAAAAUCAGACCAUGAUCUCGAAUGUGUGACUUUGGCUGCUUUGCCAUCAUCUGGAUGGAAACAUGAAAAAGGAUCCGAAAUGAUGGUUGAGCAUCUUUUUAAAGAACUGGAAUCAUGUUCCGUCGAUUUAGGCACGGAUGAUGAGAAAUUCAUCAAGGCACUUAUUAGAGGUGAUUCAAAAGGAAAUAAAAGAUCCCCUUACCUGUUUGAUAUUGUCUCCAAUGAACGUAACUCUGUGGAUGUUGACAAAUAUGAUUACCUCGCACGAGAUUGUUACCAUUUAGGGCUGAAAUCAUUAUUCGAUUUUUCACGAUUGAUGCAGUUUUCUCGCGUCAUGGAUGAUCAGAUUGCCUACUAUCAUAAGGAAUGCUUUAACAUUUAUGAAAUGUUCCACACUAGAUAUUCUUUACAUAAAAAAGUGUAUAGCCAUCGCGUUGGCGGUGCAAUUGAUUACAUGAUAAGAGAUGCGCUUGUGGAAGCAAAUUCAUAUUUCAAAAUUGCAGAUGCAAUCGAAAGUGCUGAAGAAUAUAUCCAAUUGAGUGAUUCUAUUUUGAAUAGAAUCGAAUAUUCAGUAUGCGAGAUGAUCAAUGAGCGCGAAAUUAUUAGCCAUCAAAAUGACAGUUUACCUUUACAUGAAGAUGACGUAAUUGUUGAUUGGCAAACGCUUAAUUAUGCAAAAAAAGAUGAAAAUCCAGUGGACGCUGUCAGAUUUUAUAAUGAUGGCGAAGUGACAUUUCCUAUUUAUCGUUCGAACGUUAGCGAUCUUUUCCCUGUACAGUACGAAGAAUACAUAGUUCGUAUAUUUGCACGUAAUUCAGACAAGGUUGAAGCAAUCCAAAAUGCUUUUCGGAAGCUAGCGAAAAAGUUAGGCCUAGAACUAAGUCAGGGAUUUUUAAAAUCCGGCUCCAGGAAACGACAUUUUCCUGAAGAAGACCCUUGA